AUGGAAAUCAAAAUCAGUUAUAAUAUGUGUGCAAAAUAUCUUAAGCUUGUGACUCCAGCUAUAACAAUAGGUCAAGAGAGGCAUAUAAGUUGUAUGAUCAAUAUGUUGAAGAUGCAUUGUAUGAUCACUGCCUUUCUACUCGCCGUAGCUGCUCAGCGCGUGAGCAGCUUCGAGCUCGUUCCAUUCACUCAAGUCAUCAACGCAACAGAAAGGAGAGCAGUUUGUAUGGACGGGUCACCGGGCGGCUACUAUUACUCGGCCGGAUCAGGAGAUGGGGCCAAAAAUUGGCUCAUCUAUCUCAUGGGAGGAGGAUGGUGUGCAGAUAUUGCUACAUGCCAAAACUUAUUCAAUGAAAUUAGAGGGAGUUCUAAAUUAAGUGGAAACGCAAAUUUCACAGGAAUUCUUAGCCCAGACAAAGACAUAAAUCCGGAUUUCUACAAUUGGAACAGAAUUUACGUGUUCUAUUGUGACCAGUCAUCAUUUCUCGGAGACACUGAGGUUGAUGGUCAAGGACAAAAGGUUCAGUUCAGAGGGUCCAAGAUUUUUGAUGCUGUCGUGGAGGACCUUUUGGUCAAAGGAAUGGCUAUUGGAAAAAAUGUAAUUCUUUCCGGCAGAUCCGCCGGGGGCCUAGCAACCAUCCUACACCGUGACAACUUUCGAGCACGUCUCCCCGAUGUCGGUAGGGUGAAAUGCCUUUCAGAUUCGGGAUUUUUCAUCCGAGCUGAGAAUGUCCCUAACGCGGACUAUAGAGAGCAAUAUUUUGCCUCGACCAUCAUGCUCCACGAAAUAUCCAGAUUUUUGCCCGCCACAUGCACAAAAAGAAUGGAUCCGGAUUUGUGUCUCUUUCCAGAAAAUAUAGUCGGUCAUGUUCGAACUCCACUAUUUAUACUGAAUAGUGCAUUUGAUUAUUUCCAGGUUCGAUUCCAAUUGGUGCCUACAUCGUUUCCUGAUUGGCAAAGAUGGAAUAUGUGUGUAAACAAUUUGAGCGCUUGCACAGCCGCUGAUAAACAGUUGAUAAUUGAUUUUGGAGAUGCAUUUUUCAAAGGCGUUACUCAAAUCCUCAAAAAUCCUUCAGUAGGCAUGUUUAUAAACGCAUGCUACGCUCAUUCAGUAGCAUAUGAUGAGCACUAUUGGUCACCCAAUUCCAUAGUCAAAUUGGGGAAUUUGACCAUAUUGGAGUCCUUUUCUAAUUGGUAUUUCGAUAGAGAUUCAGUCACAUUGACUACAUUGGAGGCCUUUGGUAAUUGGUAUUUCGAUAGAGCUGAUUCAGUUGCAUUGGUUACCUCUUCUAAUUAUGUAGAGAAUUACGAAGCAGCUGCACGCGACGCUUGCGUUGUAUACGACAAUUACAUCGACUUUCAGGCUUACCAACUUUUGCGCGAGUGCAACUCUAGGAUUUAG